AUGGGGCAGGAGAGCGAAAACAUCCUCGACGCUCUCCGAGCGGUCACAGCAGGAAAAGUCGACGAUGGGACUUUAGAGUACAUGGCCGGCAUGCUCGAGGAGGAGGGCCUUGCGCAGCUGUCGGUGACCACCGCGGUCGACCUCAUCGGCGACUUCCUCCACGACGCAGGCGUUUCGAAAAACGAACAGGAGGCACGGGCGGUCUGCGAGAAGCUGCUGAGUCUGCUGCGAAAGGACGCGCCUGGCGGCAAAGACGCGGGAGACCCGAACGAAAAGCAGCACGGCAACUCGGCAGGAGACGACGCUUUAGACGGCGCCAAGCGCACAGAUGGAGACGGCUCUCUGUCGAAGCCUCGGGACUUUGCGAUGCCGAUGAAACUCGGCGACAUGGCGGGCGGUCUCGGCGUCCGUUCGUUUGACGAUCCGUUCCUCGGUCUCCAACAGAGCUCGGCGAAGGUGAACUACAACGCGCCGGUCCUCUACGGCACAGACCCCGAAGGCGCUGCAGCCGCUGCAGCCGCUGCGCAGCAGCAGCAGUGCAUGCAGCAGCAGCGCGAACGCCACCUGCGGCAGUUGAAGGAGUGGGAGAAGAACAAACCUCCGCUCCCGCCUCCCAAAAGAAAGCACGGAGACAAACAACUGAAGAAAAUGGGAGAGGGCAUCCUCGUCGACAGCUUCUCCAUCGCCGUCGCAGGCCGAGAAUUGCUGAUCGACGCCCAGCUGAAACUUGUGAAGGGACGACGCUACGGGCUUGUGGGCAGGGGUAUGGACUGGCUCGGCAUUCCUUCUCACGUCUCGGUCGACUCGUGUCAGGCUCGAGAUGCGUUUUGCUUUGCGUCAAAUUUUGCGGCUCGCAGAAAUGGUAUCGGGAAGAGUACACUGCUCUCGGCGCUGGCUCGCCAAGAAAUCCACGGCGUCGAUCCAGAUAUAGCGAUCGGGAUGGUGGAGCAAGAGCACCUCUGGGGGUCUGAGACCGUGCUGGACGCGGUGCUGGCAGUCGACGAAGAUCGCCUGCGCCUGCUGGAGGAGGAGGAAGUGCUGCUGAAGCAAGAAGAUCAAUCGGAUAAGGUCGGCCGACGCCUCGGAGUGAUCUACGAGAGACUCCAAGAGAUCGAUGCAGCGAACGCAGAGAAGACGGCGGCGACGAUUCUGCGGGGUCUCGGCUUCACAGAGAGCAUGCAACACAUGAGAGUGACGGCGCUCUCAGGAGGCUGGCGCAUGCGCGUGCUCCUCGCGCGCUGUCUGUUCAGCAACCCGGACGUGCUUUUGCUCGAUGAGCCGACGAACCACUUGGACUUGGAAGCGGUCCAGUGGCUGACGAACUAUCUGUCCGUUAACGAGGGACCCGCUGGCGACGCACAAACGAUGCGGUGCGGCAAAGACAAAAUCGUCAUUGUCGUUUCGCACGCACGCGAAUUUCUCAACGACGUGUGCACAGACAUGAUUCACUUCACGAACCAAAGCCUGACUUACUACAAGGGUGACUUCGACACCUUUGAGUCGGUACGAGCCGCGCAACUCCUUCAGCAGCAGCGACAGGCCGAGGCGCAACAAGCGAAAAUCAAGCACGUACAAUCCUUCAUCGACAAAUUCCGAUACAAUGCCAAACGGGGGGCUGUUUGCUGCGUGUGGGUGUGUGCGGCCGCGCGGGGUGUCUGCAGCGCGUCUUUGGUUCAGAGUCGCAUCAAACUGCUGAGCAAGUUGCCGAUGCUGGACAUGGUGGCGGAAGAUCCUUCUCUCCACUUUAACUUCAAAGAGCCCGAGGUAUUGGCAGCGCCCUUGCUCCAGGCCGAGGAAGUCACGUUCAGUUACGCGCCUCGGAAGGCCGACGGCGACGAGGCUGCGCAGGACGCAAAGGCAGACGGCCAGGAGACUCCCGACGCAGCCUCCGGCGAGCACGCGGAACAGAACACUCAGAAGAAGGAGGGAGGAAAACUGAUCGUUCGCGGCCUCAAUCUCAACGUCGACAUGGACUCCCGAAUUGCGCUGUGUGGUGUGAACGGAAGCGGGAAAAGUACCAUUUUGAAGCUUCUCGUUGGCUCAGAGCAGCCCACAAAGGGAAUGGUGCACCGGAACGGCAAGCUGAGAAUCGGGUACUUCACCCAGCAGCACGUGGACCAACUCGACCUGACUCUCAACGCCGUACAGUCCCUGCAAAUGAGAUAUCCGGAAGCAGGCCUCAAGGACGAAGCCGCGCGAACGUACCUGGGCCAGUUCGGCAUCAGCGGUCUAUUGGCGCUCGAGCCUUUGUACAUUCUCUCCGGAGGUCAAAAAAGUCGUGUUGCCAUCGCUCUCAUGGCGUUCAACAACCCCCACAUUUUGAUUCUCGAUGAGCCGACGAACCAUCUCGAUCUGGAUGCUGUCCAAGCCCUGAUUGCGGCGCUGAACAACUUCAAAGGCGGCGUUCUCCUGGUUAGCCACGACAGCCACCUUCUCUCGUGCGUCGUCGAAGAAAUUUUCUACAUGGACGAACAGGCUCACAAGUUGCAAAAGUACCACGGCGACUUCUUGAAAUAUCGCAAGGAGCUCUUGAAGCGGGCAAAGGCAGCAGCCGCUGCCCAAGCGAACCACUGA